CGCUCACGCGCCCCUCUGACAGCAGCAGCUCGAGCUCACAAAAGGAGACACGAGACCCUCCGAGACUCCAAGGACAUUUCUCCGGUUCUGGUUUUCUGCUGGAAUUCAAACUUUCAAAUUAGCCAGUUGCUAAAAUGACGUUGCAGGAGAAACUGGAGAGAGUUUGUCUGGCUAUUUUCUUUAGCCUGUCUCUUCAAGGUGCCUACAGUCAACUGGUGGUUACUCCUGCUGGUCCUACUGUGGUGAAUGAAAUAGCUGGAAACAAUGUGACUCUGUCUGUGUCCUUGAGUGGUGCCUCCGAAGCAGCAGUUGUCUGGUUUAUGGGAGAUCUUCCUGUUGGCAUAUGGAUUAUAGACUCCAGUGUAGAUCCAGACAUAGCUGAAAACCACAAGGAUGUGCUCAAAAUUGAGAAAAGUGGAUCCCUAAGCUUUGUAAAUGUGCCACUUGGCUAUACAAGUAACUACACUGUUGAAAUGACAAAGUCUGGACUGGGAAAAGCCUCGACUACCUUCACUCUGAAAAUAUUUGAAAACUUCCAGAACCUGACUCUGAGCACACAACCAGACUUUGCCAAAGAGGGAACAGACCGGUUCACCUUGCACUAUAGCAUGAUGCAAGGAGUGGUUGAGCAACAGAUGUGGUUCUUCAAUGGCAGAGAGAUAAACACCAACUCUCAUUACGUGGUUGAGCAAAGGAGCCUUGUGAUCCUCGGCCCAAACCGAAGCGACACGGGACAGUACUCGGUGCACCUCACAAACCCCUUUAGCAGCACAACUGCUCUUAAGAAUGUCACUGUGCGAUAUGGACCAGAUGAGCCCAUACUUGAGGCCCAGCCAGCUAAGCCUUUCUAUGUGGUGGGAGACUCUGUGAGCCUCUCCUGCCAGGCUGAGGGAUACCCACAGCCGACUGUUCAGUGGCUGUUUGGUGUUCAGAUCCUUGCUAAUUCCAACAAAGGAGUCCUAAAUCUAACAAAUGUACAGGCCAGUCAAGGAGGUGUUUAUACAUGCAGUCUGCUCAACGAGGAGACUAACGAAAAACGUCAAAAGAACUUGACUUUAACUGUUUAUGACAGGCCAGUGGGCAACCCGAUGUGUUCUGUGAAGUCUGUGAAUAACACUGACCUGCAGUAUCACUGUGGAUGGAUGGGGGGAACCCCACAGGCCCAGCUGUCUUUCCCAGUACUAAACAACAUGAGUACUGGAGCAGGACACAUCAGCCUGAAUGUCACUGCCUCAGAUAACCUAAAUGGGAAAACUGUCGAGUGCAUGGCGUACCACCCACUGGAACAGAAUAGGUGCAAUAUUACUGCAAGUAGUCCAGUGGAGUUCCUUCCAAAUGUGACAGCAGUUGACCCUGAUGACAAAAUAGAAGUAACUAUCCGCUGUGUCAGUGAGGCCUCACCUCAGGCUGUGGUGUCAUGGUACAGAGGCAGCGAAGCUGUCACCAAUGGCACAACGCAUCAGAUCAGCAAUGACACCACACAACUUGAGAUUCGUGAUUACAAAGUCAACAAUCCUCUUCUUCAAAACUACACAUGCAUGUGCCGCAACCCACUAGGCCGCCAAAGGAGGGAAAUUCUGCUUCAAGGACCGUCGAUCUCAGAUUUCAGCGUGUUCCUUAAUCCAAAUGGAACCACCGUCACGUUGACCUGGGAGGUCCCACGUACAUCUGUUGUCACAGGCUUUGACAUCCAAAUGAAAGGGCCAGGCCAAAAUUCUACAGCCACUCACAGUGGUGGCAGCUCAGACGGAUAUCGCACCAUCCUGAAAAUACCAGGCUCUGAUAGGAGUGUGGAAAUUUCAAACAUCGAUCCUGACUUGACCUACCGGUUUCGGGUCAUCCCCAAAGCUCAUCAGACUGUAGGAGAGCCAUCUGAGGUCCACAGAAUUGGUCCAGCCAAAGGGCUAAGUGGUUCUGCCAUCGCUGGCAUCGCAGCCGGAAUCCCCUGCAGCUUUCUCUUCCUGCUUCUCCUGGUCGGCCUCAUCUGCCUCUGUGUCUAUUGGAACAAGAACAAAAGCCACCAGCCAAGAUAUCCCGUCUCCAGAGUCCCUGAGAAGAUAAAAACGACCCAGCUAGAUAUAACUACUCAUAACCGGCUGACAGAAGGGCUGAAGGCUCCCCCUGACUACAACAGAUUCCAGCAGACUCCUUCUGAAAGAUCUGUGGCUUUGCCCACAUUUGUCCCUCCACCGCCUACCAGGGUUGCCACAACUGUCUAAGAUUAUCGUUUACUUUGAUGUAUAUAUUCAUUUGUAAAGCAUGAUUUAUUUCUAUGUUUUUAAAUAACUGAAAUAUAUUGUAUGUAUUUAUAUAUAUUUUUUAACUUAAAUAAGGAUCUUUGUAAACAUUUUCUGAAUUUUUUUAAGCAGAUCAGUAGCCUGCAAUUUCUUACAUAACAGUAAAUCACUCAAAACAACAGUUUUUGAAUGGAGAAAAAUUAGGAAUUCUUGCUUAUGAAUACUCUGAAAUCCCUGUUUUUUGCAAUUAAGUGACAAUUAUUAAAAAUUCAAGUUAGUGUAUUGUCCUGCUAGUUGACAGUUUCAUUACCAAGAGUCUGUUGUGUGAUAUUUUGUGUGCUUUUCUUGAUAUGUGCUGCUGACAACAAUGGCUGGAGUCAUUGUAUUUAAUUGUCUGUAUAUAUGUACACUGAUUAGACAAAACAUUCAAACCACCUGCCUAAUAUUGUGUGGGCCCCCCUUAUGUCAUUCAUACAGCCCUGACCCAUUGGGGCAUGGACACUGGACCUUUGGGGAUGUCCUGCGGGUCCUCUGUGGAUUCCGUUACACCUCAUGGAUGCACUGGAGGUGAACACCCUGAGCUCUGUCAUGUUUCUCAAGCUGUUUCUGGACAGACAGUGAGGUGCUUGUCAUAGGAGGUUACUGCCAUUGCUGAAUGCUGUCGCCAAAUUCAGGUGUGUAAUUUGAGGCUUAUUUCACUUUUUGUCCUUCUCGUGCUGUGACUACCCCUUAGUUUGAUCUUUGAUACUUCAGUGGCUGACAGAUGUUCACAUGCUGUUUAAGAGAAACUAAAAGGACUUCUGCGACAAUUCAUGGAAAGAUUUGUGACAUGUAGAACCCAAAGCUUCCAGGCUUUGCUGCUAUAAUAAUUGUGGGAAAUUAAAAAAACAUGUUCAGCACUGUCGCCGCGCAGCUUGAAGAUCUCUAGUUCGCAUCUCGAUCUGGACCUGGGAUCUUUCUGUGUGGAGUUUGCAUGUUCUCCCUGUGCAUAUGUGGGUUUUCACCGGGUUCUCAUGCUUCCUCCCACCAGUCCAAAAAUAUGCUUAGGUAAUUGGUGAUUCUAAAUUGUUUGUAGGUGUGUUGAGUGUGUUUGUUUAUCUCUGUGUGUAGUCCUGUGAUAGACUGGUGCAAAAAAACAAAACAAUAUAUCCCCUUCACGCCCCAUAAGUCGUGUCCUUUUCCCCAGUGUCCAAAACAUCCUGAAGUUAAUUAGUGAUUCUAAACAGUUAGUAGGUGUGUAGAGUAUACUUGUUUGUCUCUCUGUGUAGCCCUGCUACACCGAGUUCCAAUGCUGCUCCUCGGCAAACCUGUGGGUGAUGUCAUGAAUGGUUUGUCCACCUUUUUAGAGAUAAAAAAAGCGGUGACAUUUUUUGGAAGCUCUUUUGCUACAACAUGCAAUCAGCAUGUGAUGAUCCAUUACUUUUUCCUUGUGCUGUUCUUUUAUAAUUAGAUGCUACAGCCUUUCAACUCCUCCUCUCUUUUACUUUGAGAUGUACAGCGCUGAGGAGGUGGUGACUCAAAGGAGGAACAUACAGUAGUUGUGGACUUCUCUCAACACUGAUGUUUGCUGUCUGAUUCAAUCUGCUACAGACACAGACUAUAGACAUUGUUGCAGUCAGGACAGUUCAGGUAGAAUUAUUGUAGGCUCCGUUCCGUUAAGUGUCCCAGCAAAUCAUGUUAGGGAGGUAGACUGAACAAAAGCAGGAUCACUCCAAAGUGGAACACAGUCAUCAUUAAUACACCUCAGCGUUUGCUUCCAAAUCUUGUCACAAUGUCUGUUGUGGUGAGCUGAUAUUUUAGAACUGUACCAUAGAUGGUGCUGUGGAGGUAUGCUGAAGACAAAGCCUGCACAUGAAUGAUUCCAGCAGUUACAGUAGUUGAAGAAAUACAGAUUUUAAUAGUUUUAAAAAUUUUCAGUUCUGCAUUCACUGUUUUUGCACCUGCAUUUCCUGAAACUGAGUUUUGUUUAUAUUCUUUUCUUUUCUACACUACAAGUAAAAUAUAUCUAGCCACAUCACCUCAGUUCUUAGCUGAAACCUGUCACCACUUACAAACUGAUUGGUGUAUGUUUUUGUACUGGAAAGAACCCUAUAGACAACAGCAAACUGUUAAAAAAAUUACUUUCGUUUGUGUGCAUCACUUUAAGGCACUACAGUACAGCAGGGUUCUAUUUUUAUUUAUGAUCAAUUGAGAAACGCAUCACUUCACACUUCACACUUCAGAUGUGCUGGGUAGGUUCAUAAGUAUGACUUACUUGCUGGAAAAUUUCAUGAGAUUUUUUGUAAGGCUUAAGGAAUGUUUUCCCUUUCAAACACAGAAUGAUUGUAAUAAAUGUAAUUUGUUUGCUUUCACUCCGUCUCCCUGAAGACACACAGCCAUCUGCAGGUUUGACUAUGAAUAUGCCUCUGAUCUGUUUGGGUGAUAUCACCCAUCAUCCGUGUUAAACACACUUGCACCCACAUAAAAAUCUAUCACUUUCUUUUAAGUAGACCUGGCAGGUACCAAAAUUCUACUAUGUCUGUCAACCUUAAAAACAUUUACAGGAAACUGUAGCUGAGUGUGCAAACCAUAGAUUAUAUGGUGUCAACAAUGAAGUAUGACUACUUUAAUUUGUGAUACUGCCAUCCCUUCAUAUUGGUUGCUGAUAGAGGUUAGUAAAGGUAGCGAAUUUCAUAAUUUAAGGGCGUUACUUGAAAGGGAUUUAAAGGGAACUUGUGUUUGUAAUUUAUGCACCACACUGUCGCUUCUGCUUUUCCUGAAUAGCAUGUGAUGUUUAGAGAUAAGCGAGGUCAUCAGGUCACAUCCGGUCUCCACUGCACAUUCAAAACUCAAACAAAGUACCUGCAACAUGUCAUAGAUUUUUUUUAUCAUUUAAAAAAUCUUACUGUCUGGAAGCGUGUUGUUUGUACAUCAGUGCUCAUUAUGGAUGAGACAAGUUUUACGUGAGGCGACAGUCUAGACAGCAUAGAACCAUACAGUGCUGUGAUGCAACAGAGCUAAAUGACAUGCUGAUUACACGAUUGAGGAAGCAGAGAUCAAGAGUUCACUGAGGGUGACAUCUGCGAAUGUUUGUACAAAAUGUACAAAAUAUGACAAAUUUAUACCAUUUAGAAAUAUUUGUAUGUAGGUCAGUUUAAGUUUAUUGGAUUGUCAAAUUAAUCCAGUUACUAAGAAAAUCUACAAGGAAGAAAAUAAGCUAAGUGCUCUGAGUUGGCAUACUUUGUGCAUCUGCUCUCUAUAAAUAGAAUUGAAUUUUUGAAAGGUGAUUCCAGGACUGCCCCAGUGUCCCUGAGGUUCCCUGGAUAUUAACACGGACCAUCUGAGAUGUAAUUAGCUGCAUCGAAUAUAAUUUAACAACCAAUUAAUGUGGCAAAUGUUGGAGCAGCUGUGACUGUUUAGAGAAAGUCUACAAGGCAUGUGAAUUACACUCCCAAUUAAACAAAUUUCCCAGCAAUGGCAAGAUCUGCCACAUAUAUAUUUGGCAUUUAGCAAAAUGUAAAUAUACAGUUUUAGUUGACGGUGUCAGGCAGGUGUAAAUCCCACUUAAUGUAGUUAGAGGUGAUGUUAUUAGGAACUACAUUAUAUUGUGGUGGGCAAAACAGAGACAUAUAUUAGGUUACAGUCCAGUUUAACACCACUGCAAACUUCAGUAAUAAACUUGAUUGCAUUAACAGGCGUCAAAGCCGAUCAUUACUGCCUUUGUACCAGUAGAAUUUAUAGCAGAGCAGCUGUUUUUGGAUUGCAUUAGAGUUUGCUGGUGUAGCUAAUGAAGUGGCCUGGAAGUCUGGCGAUGCAUGUUCAAUAAGUUGCUGUGUUAAUUCUUGUAGUUUAAAUACUCUAGGUGUUAUAUUCUGAAAGACAUUUAUAUAUCGUGUGGUCAGCCUUUUGCAGCGUUUCCACCGUGUCAUUACAUAUUCAGAGUGAAACAUAUAUAGCACAAUCUGCGUGCAGUGUGUCAUUUUAUUAGCAGCUCUUUGGUCAUGUAUCUGUUCUAAGCGUGUGUGUGUCCCCAUGACCACACCCCAGUUACACUGAAAGAAAGUGUGCGCUUCAGCAUGUUCCAUUGACCACAGCAGUACUGCAAGCCUUUGCACAUCCACAGUUCCAGAACGCCUAAUAGAACAACAGACAUGGACUGCGGAGCAGCGGCCUCGUGUCCCAGAACCCUCCCCCUUC